UCAUGAAAGCCGGCCCAAGGGGUGCUGAGAUGUCCGCUUUCUUCCAAAACUAAUACACGAGUAAAAGCUGAUAAAGAGCAUGAGAAAGCAGCAUCAACAUGCAUGGAACCGAGCAAAGGUGCGGCCCUAUUGUAAUCACAAAUCGGCCACCUAACCACGCUCCUCAGCCAGCCCUUACUUAGUUGUCCACGGUCCAUCUCCGACGACUCCAUUCUUCUUUGCGGUUGAGCAAGUCUGGUUGUUGAUCUCUGUCAAGACUUGAGAUUGAGCAAGUUUGCAUUUGGUUGCGGAAAUCUUUGGUGCAUCUUGGUCCGUGGCGCUCAACCCGUGGUGCGCCGCUCUCGGUCUUGCACUGCAGAUCGACCGAGCCAACUACAUUCCAUUCUUAUUUACCUGGCGUCACAGCAGUGAUGGCCUAGUUGGCUCGAUCGGCUGGUGGUAUGUCGAGUGGGUGUGCGACAAUCUAUACACCAGCUCCUCCUUGGUAAACAGUGAUAUUCCGACAGAGCAUUGUUUUAACUCAGAACGCGCAGCAACAAAAGAUCGACAGAGGUGAUGCCUGUGGUGAGCGCCUCCCAGGGCGCCGUGCAGGUCCUGUUGGGGAAGCUCGGCAACAUCCUCGCCACAAAAUAUGCGCUUCUCAGCGGCGUUCGUGGGGAGAUCCAGGAGCUCAAGGACGAGCUCGAGAGCAUGACCGCAUGCCUACACGACCUCGCGGACGAUGAUGAUCACAACGAACAAACUAGGACUUGGAUGAAGCAAGUGAGGGAGGUUGCGUUCGAUGUGGAGGACUGUAUGGACAGGUUCCGCCGUCACCUCAGCGAGCACCAUGGAGACCGUCAAGGACUCCUGGAAUACCUGUAUAGGAUGUUCAACAAGUUGCGAACAUUGAGGGUGCGGCACAAGGUGGCCACGGGUAUCCAGGGCCUCAAAUCUCGUGCCCAAAAAGUGAGCGACCGGAGGCUCAGGUACACUCUAAAUGACUCAGCAGGACGGUCGAGCAAAGCUCUUGAUUCUUACAGCCACCUUGAAAACCUCAGCCACUGGCUGCCUGAAAUCAGUGGUGACGGGUCCGGGCUAGUGGGGAUGCACGGCAGAACUGAUGAGGUGGUCCGGUUGCUCAAGGAGCCACGCCAGGCAGCAGCGGGUCCCCGAGUAUUGUCCAUAGUGGGGUUCGGAGGCCUCGGCAAAACCACCCUCGCGACGACUGUCUACAACACCCCAAAGUUGGGAAGCAUCCAGUGCCGCGCUUUCGUUCCAGUGUCCCAGACAUAUGACAUCCGUUCUCUGCUCGAGUCCGUGUUGAAGCAGCUUCCACUUUUGGCUGACGAAGAUAGAAAUUAUGAUCCCCUCCUGAACAUGAAAGGCUGGAACACAAGGGAACUAGUUGACAAGAUCAAACAACAUUUGGAGGGCAAGAGGUACUUGAUCGUUCUGGAUGAUGUUUGGCAAGCAGCUGCAUGGGAUCAGCUAAAGGUAGCUAUUCCUCAUGAUAAUAAUAAUGAGGGUAGCAUAGUAAUUACUACACGCAGUCACGAGGUAGCGAAAAAUUGCUGCACCUCUUCUAAUGACCGUAUCUACGAAAUGAAACGCUUAGAGGAGGAUGAUUCACAUCAGCUAUUCUUCAAGACGGUGUUUGAAUCAGGGGAAUGCCCGACCGACCUGCUGAAAGUUUCUAAGGCCAUACUGGCAAGGUGCAACGGUCUGCCUCUAGCUAUAGUGAGCAUAGGACGAAUGCUAGCUCGGAGGCAAAACAAGACAUCGGCAGAAUGGCAAACAGUAUGUGAUAGGCUGGGUUCUGAACUAGAGACAAACCCCACUUUAGAGGGAAUGAGACGGAUACUUGCUCUCAGCUACAAUGAUCUGCCGUAUCAUCUGAAAGCAUGUUUUUUGUACCUGUGUGCUUUCCCAGAGGAUUUUGAUAUCAGAAGAGGCUCUCUGAUUAGACGGUGGGCAGCUGAAGGCUUGAUCAUUGGAAUGUAUGGCCGCAGUUUGGAAGAGAUUGCUCAGAUUUAUUUGGACGAGUUUGUGAGUAGAAGCAUCGUCAUCCCUGGACAGAUUGGCUGCACUGGCAAGAUUAGGAGUUGUAAAGUCCACGACAUAAUGUUAGAAGUCAUCAUCGCCAAAUCUGUCAAGGAAAAUUUUAUCUCAUUCCUAGGGAGCAGCCAAUACAACACAGCAGGCCAUGACAAGGUGCGACGGCUCUCCAUCCAUCCUGGUGGCGGCAAGGAGAAGAGAACAUUUUCCAGUAAAAACAUAGUUCAUACCCGUUCACUGUCAAUUCUGGGCAGCACUGAGAAACCUGUACCCAUCAAAUUUGCUGAUUUGACACUUUUAAGGGUUUUAGAUCUUGAAGGAUGUGGAUGGUUAAGAGAUCAAGAUGUGAAGGACAUUUGCAAACUGCCUCUGUUGAGAUACCUAAGCCUUAGAAACACUGCCAUAUCCCAACUACCAAAUGCAAUAGGGAAACUUAAAGAAUUGGUGACAUUGGAUGUAAGGGAAACUUCUAUUGGCGAAUUUCCCAAAGGCAUUACUCAGCUCCAAAAUCUGAGUCAUCUGCUUGUAGGCCGUUAUCAAUAUUACACAAGGACACGAAGUGUCAAGCAUUUAAAGGGUCAAGGAGCGAAGCUACCACAUGGAUUAGGGAAUAUGGGUGCCCUCCAGAGAAUCUCUCAUGCAGAUAUCUCUACAGAGAAAAGCUCCCGUGCAAUGCGUGAGCUGGGAAAAUUGUGUCAGUUAACCAGAUUGUGUGCAAUCAACAAGGGGGAAUCAAAGUUGUGGGAACCCUUUGCCGCUUCUUUGAAUGAGCUUAGCAACUCUCUUCGCCAUCUAUCGGUUGUGCACAAUAGUACACCCACAGGCCAGGAGCUGGAAUUUUUAGUAGGCCUAAGCAACCCCCCUCUGUUUCUGCAGAGCCUGCAUUUGAUGGGACGGCUAUCAAAGCUGCCUACAUGGGUUUCGUCGCUCAACAACUUGGCCAGUCUGUCGCUUCGAGAGAACCUCCACUUGGCUGAGGAAUCCUUUGAAAUUCUGGCGAAGCUUCCCAGUCUUGUAUCUCUCAAGCUAUACAGCAAGGGAUAUGUGGGGAGUGCCUUAUGUUUUGAAGAGGGCGGGUUUCCCCGGCUGAAGCAACUGGUCGUGGAUAAUAUGGAUGAGCUCGAGGAGCUCAGCUUCCGCGGGGGUGCGGCUAACCUUGAGAGGCUGACAUUGGCUUUCAUGAGGGUGCUCAGUAGAGGCAUUAAUGGCAUUGGAAAAGAAAACCUACCACAGCUAAGAGAAGUUGAGUUCUUCAGUGGCGUUAUAGAUUCUAUAUUCUGUAAGGUGUUUGAGGCGGCCAAAGAAUAUAAAAAUCGUCCGAAAGUCACCAGGGACGAUCGACCUACUAUAGAAGCCGCACAAGCAUCCGCCCAGCAAGUGAACGACACCGCAGGGGCGAGGAGCAGUGAGCAGGAGUCAACCGACCAGCAGGUGGAUAGGCCUGCAGAUGACGAGGCAGCGCCAGCUUGGCGUCUACUGCCUUCUACGUGUCCUCUCGCUUAUAUACUGUAAUGUGUAAUAACUGCAUCCUCUGUAUCUUCUGAACUUAGGUUAAACGAUCGAUUGUUGCGCCAGGUUUUUCGUCCCAUAGGUUGUAUUAUUACCUGUAUUAUUACAAGUGGUAGUACAACCAGUGGGUUUUCCUGGCGUGCAUCGAACUCGAAUGCCUAUUUUGUUUUAUUUUGUACUCCCUCCGUAAACUAAUAUAAGAGCAUUUAGAUUACUAAUUUAGUGAUCUAAACGCUCUUAUAUUAGUUUACGGAGGGAGUACAUGCAUUGUUUUGGUUGUGCUGGUAAUGGAAUCUGGGUGUUGCCUAGUUAAACAGAAAGGUGUCCUUCAGUCCAGUUAUAUGCAGGAUUUUGGUGAAUGAAUCUAAUAGCUUGUAUGGUGUGAAGCUAAAAGACUAGUUAAGCGCUGGUACCGUUGUGAAAAUAAGCUAUUAGACAAUUUGUUCUGGGGGAAUCCCCACUGCUUUAGCACUGCCGCUUGUGCAAUUUGACCUUGAUUUGGCAGGAAGUUUCUUCAGAAGGAGUACAUACAAAGAAGCAGUGGGACUGCAGGAGACAGCAAGAAGGCAAGAGAUGUGUUUUCAGGUACAAGCUACUAUAAUGAUAUCAGCUGGUAUGAAGAUCUGUCGUCAUGCUUUCGCGGUAAGGAGUGGCAAACCGUACAUAUAUCCGGAGAUGAGACACUCCGGAUCAAACAGAAGAGAAUUUGUUAUCUGAAACUUACUUUUAGGCCAACUAUGCUCGCUUCUCCGCAGUUUGCAUUGCUGUGUGUGUAUCACUUGUUACUUGACAGGACGAAACCACUUCCAUCUAUGGCGCACAGGAUUGCAUUGCUCCUCCACUAUAGCCAUCGGCCAUCCACACCUACCUUUACUACUUCGGUUCAGUUUGUUUUGGUAUUUUGAGCUGUCCAAAUGAGCCAAUGGCAUACUCCCUCCGUCCGAAAAUACUUGUCAUCAAAAUGGAUAAAAAGAGAUGAGCUGGAGUACAUG